GUGUAGCAGCAGGUCCCAGUUGGGGAGCUUGAUUUUGAUCAUUUUAUGAGGGAGAGAUACAAAAAACAGGAGAGAUCAGGUUGAGGCUGAAUGUUUCUGAUGUGGUAGCAGGUAUACUAGGAGAAAGAAAUCCAGAUGCUAAAUGUCUUUGCUGGAAAAUUGUGUUAUGUUCUUAUGUUAAUGUGUCGGAAGGAGGUGCAUUUACGCACAAGGGCCAGAUUGCUGAUUGGGCAGCAGGUCCAUGGUUGUUCUCAAAGCUCAUGCCAUCCAGGGAAGAAACUGAUAAAGAUCUAAUAGCCUCAUAUCCUGGCGUAUCAAUUUGGUAGAAAUGGGUUCCUAGUCAAUCUGGUAAUGAUCUGACUUGCUGCUUAUCUGUUGUUAAGGAGACAAAAGUUGAUAAUUUGAAUGAGUCAGUAGCUGGUUCAAGUGCAGUUUUGUAUCUUGUAUCUGAAAGCAUCCCAUGGAAUCUCCAAAAAGUCCAACUUCAUAACCUUCUGAUGUCGAUUCCUUCUGGUUCUAGCUUGCCCCUUCUGGUCUUAUGCGACUCAUUUAGUGGAGAAGUUAGAGAUCCCUCAUCUAUUAUAGUUAAUGAAUUGAGCCUCCAUGACUUGGAUAAAUCACGAGUAAGCAGCUUUUCAGUUGCUUUCCUUGCUUGUAACCAGCAACUGGAGCAACCAGAUGUCUUUUUCAGUGAUGAACAGCUAAGGAAAGGACUGCGGUGGUUGGCGAGUAAGUCACCCCUUCAACCUGCCCUCCAAAGCAUGAAGUUACGUGAACUUGUUAUUGCCCAAUUGAGUCCUUCAUUAGAAAUGCUGGACAAGAUGAGUGUCUAUGAAGUUGGUCCAAACCACUGUAUCUCUGCCUUCAACAAAGCAUUAGAUUGGUCAUUGGGAGAAAUUGCCAUUGCUGCAAAAGCAAAUCCUACCAAUUGGCCAUGUCCUGAGAUUAAUUUGCUGGAAGAUUCUAGUGAGGAGCAUUUGGUGGUGAAGUGGUACUUGCCAAGUGUAGGAUGGAGCUUGGCUGCUGCAACUACACCACUUGAAUGUGCAUUAAGAGACUGUCAACUUCCUAGUUUUCCUGAGGAUAUUUCAUGGUUGCAUAGAGGUUCUAGUAAUGUUGACGAGAUUAAGAACCAUAUAAUACAGCUUCAAAAUUGCCUGCUUAGAUAUCUAACAGAGUCAAGCAAGAUGAUGGGAGUCCCACUAGCAACAACAGAAGCAUGUGUUAUACCACACAGAAGUACACAGCUUGAACUCUGCAACUUGAGCUACCAUAUAGUUCCAAACUGGGUUAUGAUUUUCCGACGUAUUUUCAAUUGGCGACUAUUGAGUUUAUCUACUGGAGCUUUAUCUUCGGCUUAUGUUUUAGAGAGUCAUCUUGCUGAAAAGUUGGAAGAUUUGGAUAAAUUACUCCUUGAAGAUAGCACUCCACUUUAUUGCUUUAAUCAACCACCCCCGGAAGAAUUAAUUGAAGUUGGUUGCUGCCCUCUGAAGUCUGAGAGGGAUGAACCAAAGACACAAACUUUUCAACCUGAGACGAUGCCCAAUUUUGAAGUUCAAGAGCCUGCCAUCACAAGCAUCUUAACAGAGGAUGAAGAACGUUCUUCACAUGAAGGUAAACUAGUUGUUGCAGAUGAUGUUGCUCAAUUGACCAGUAAGUCAGAAAAUCAUAAUAGCCAAGUAUUUGUGGCUGCCGGAGAUUCUGACAAGAUUAACAGGUUGUUAGAGCAAUGCAACAUAAGACAAAACAGUAUGGACAAGAAGCUGUCGAUUUACUUCUGGCGUACCCAUUUUAUUUGGAUAGAACAAUUUUGCGUUUAACGUAAUCCUAUUGAAAAGAAGAUAAGGUUUUGCAUCCUCUAGUUGUGCCAUGAGAAAUGUUUUUCAUCACAAGAAUGUGGCGGUGCUUCACUUCGUGGAGCUUUCUAUUCCUGGCUUGAAUAAUCAACUACUCCGUUCUUAUUUGUCUGUUUUUAUAAUUAACUUUACAUGUAAUUUAAAGUGAUACUUUACCCUCUUUAUGAAUAAAUUUCCUUCUUUUUU